AUGCUGCGUGAAAAGAGCGACGAGGCUGGCGGGCCCCCCAUGUCUGCGCUCUUUAACUUCAAGAGCCUCCUCACAGUGCUGCUCCUGCUCAUCUGCACGUGCGCCUACAUUCACGAGAAGAUGCCAUCCGUGCUCGACCGCAGAAAGACCGGCUUCCCUGGUCUCCUCUGGAAGUCCGCUCGUGUUGGUGAACGUCUCAGCCCAUAUGUUGCCCUUUCGUGCAUCGCGAUGGGCUUUGCCACCCUCUUCUGGGAUUAG